AUGGUUUAUUGGUCUGCAGAAAAUGCCACAAAAGCCUUUCUCAGCACUUUCAAAAUGGGCCAAAAGGCUAAAGAACCAUCUGCUGCUCAAUAUAUUUCAGCACUAGCAGCUGGAAACAAUGCACAGUUAAUGGUUGUUGCUUGUGCUGCUGCAGCUGAUUCUACAACGCUUGCACUAAUUGCUGCUGCUAAUCAAACUAAUGGAAAUGUUGUUUGCAUUGUUCCCAACAAUGAAGAUCUAAUUGCAUCCAAAACUGUCCUAGGAGUAGUUUCUAAUAAAGUUCAGUUCAUGACUGGAAAAGAAGCGCGAGAAUUAUCGGUAUUAAACCAAGCUGAUUUUGUGGUAAUUGAUUGUAACCUUGUGAAUCACAAAGAGAUUUUGAAAUUAGUCCAAAUUGGUGAAGGUAAUAUGAAAAAGGGUGUAGUUGUUGUUGGGUAUAAUGCAUUUAGUUGUAAAGGGUCUUGGAGAUCUAAUGGAUCAAAAACAAAAUUGCUUCCUAUAGGAGAAGGAUUGUUGGUUACAAGAUUUGGAUCUGAAAUGAGUAAGAGUGGUCGAAGUCGGUGGAUUGUGAAGGUUGAUAAAUGUACAGGUGAAGAACAUGUAUAUAGAGUUAGACUUCCACAAGGAAAGGUUAUUUAA